AAAAAAGAAAAACUAUAUAUGCAAGUGAAUCUCAAUGGUAGAGUCCCUGAACGACAAAUGCUAACGGCGGAAGAAAGUGGUCCCCCAAAGCGCUGCAACGCGAGAGAGCCUCCUCUGCUACAAUGCGCAGAGCUGGUGCUACCCUACCUUAAUCCUUCAGAACUUGCCAACGUCUCUCUCACCAGCAAACCACUUUUCAAACUCUCUCGCACCAUCACCAUCCGCCGCGCCUCCGACGCUUCCAGAACCUUCGAGACCCUUCCGAUUCCGUUCCUCAACACGGUCGAUUCCCACCCAUACGCUCCCUUCCUCUACACGCGCUCCCUCGUUCUCUCCUCCCCACUCUCCCUCCUGCGCCAGCCCUGGGGCUCUUCGGCAGUUUCCCCCUCCGCGCAGUCUCGCCUUCUUAGCGCCGAGUCAGUGGGCUUCGUCGAUGGCGAGGGCCGGGCCAUGUCGGGCUGCGAGUGCGAGGCGUGCGAUGGCGGUGAGUGUCCUUGUGCUGGCCUGGAUGGGCUGGAUGACGUUGGCAGAGAGUGCGGGCCCGGGUGCUGGUGUGGGCCUGAGUGUGGGAACAGGUUGACACGGAAUGGGGUGGCGGUGAGGGUGAAGAUUGUGAGGCAUAGGAGGAAAGGAUGGGGGUUGCAUGCGGAUCAGUUAAUCGCGAAAAGUCAGUUUGUGUUUGAGUAUGCAGGUGAACUCUUGACAACGAAGGAAGCCCAGAGGAGACAUCAAUACUAUGAUGAACUGGCUUCUCAGGGUCGUUUCUCUUCAGCUCUUUUAGUUGUAAGGGAACAUCUUCCUUCUGGAAAGGCAUGUCUGAGAUUAAAUAUUGAUGCGACAAGAUUAGGAAACAUUGCACGAUUUGUAAAUCAUUCAUGUGAUGGUGGUAAUUUAAGCACAAAGCUAGUUAGAAGUUCAGGAGCUUUGUUGCCCCGCCUAUGCUUCUUUGCUUCAAAAGAUAUCCCAGUAGAUGAAGAGCUUACUUUUAGCUAUGGAGAAAUCAGGAAAAGGUCAAAGGGGUUGCCAUGCUUUUGCAAUAGCCCUUCAUGCGUUGGAACGUUGCCCUCUGAAGACACAUAAGAUUUAUAUACAUUGCCAUUUAAUGAGGUUGGGCCAAAGCUAGGAGAUGUGCAUGGAGGGAUGUUUCCUUGAAGAUAUAUGGUGUGUAAAUGUGGUGGUAAAUGGUUCAAGGAUGAUGAGCUAAGGUGUGGAUGGAGUAGAAGCUCAUGGCCUCUAGGAGAUAUAGUGGUGGUGGUGUAGUAUUUUGUGGCUCCAAGAGAAGUGAUGUCAACUCAAGGAGGAAUGUGACUAGAAGGACCUCUAAGGUUGCUCUAGUCUUGAUCUAGGAAAUGUAUGGCCAAAUUUGGGCAACAUAACAUUAAUAAACUUUCAAGAUGAAUACAUGAGAGGAGACACCUCUAAUUAUAAGCUAAGAGUGUUUCCUAAAAUCCCUAAAAGCAUGGCCUAAAGAAACCUAUAUUACUCCAAGCUAUGCUCCAUGAUGGCUCCAAAUGUGGUUCAGAAGGUAGAGUUUAGACUAUCUUUAUGGACGACUUCAACUCUUCUUGUAGAUGUUUGACCAUGGUUAGGGGGUAUACCAUCUUCCUCUUGAAAAGGAUUUGCUCUCAAAUCUUCAACUUGGGCUAAGGCAAACUUUCUCAUCUUCUUUGGAGUCAUUAUGUCUCUUUUUUGCCGGGGUCAAAUACCCAUCUUAUAACACAAGUUAUAUAAUAAGUGUUAUGAUAGUGAAUAAAUGACAAAUAGAGCUCCUAAGAAUGAUAUACCUUAAAUUAAAUGAAUGAUCAAGGUAUUGAAGAGUAAGAGCAUCUUGAAGCUUUUAUUUGUCUUGUGUUGGAUGUAUAUGUUUGAAAUACUAUCCAUUUCAAUACAAGAGCCAACUUUUAGGGAUAUGUCAUCAUACCCUCUCUUUUGAAAA